AUGGCGGGAGGAAUGGGAUUUGCACUGGGAGGUGCCUUCGGCUUGUUCAUGAGCAGUAUGUCAUACGAUACACCUCUCACCCCCCAGGGACAACAAAUCUCCUCUCUGCCGGUGCGCGAGCAACUUCGACGGGGUUUCAAGGACAUGGGAUCUCGAUCGUAUAGCAGCGCGAAGAACUUUAUGGUUGUCGGUGCUCUUUUCAGCGGAACAGAAUGCUGCAUCGAAGGACUCCGGGCUAAAAACGACCUUACUAACGGUAUUGCCGCCGGAUGCAUCACUGGUGGAAUACUCGGCGCCAAAGCAGGUCCUCAGGCGGCUCUCCUGGGAUGCGCUGGAUUCGCGGCGUUUAGUGCGGCCAUCGACGCGUACAUGCGACAACCAUCUGAUUAA